GGGAAGGGCACACUUAUGUAUGCUCUUUGCGGUCAAGAACGACGCGAAGAUGUCGAAAAACUAUUGGGAUGUUUUAAAGAGAUAAUGUGCGGUACUUAUACUACACGCAUUUUCAUUAUUGAUUCGGCAGCGACUGAAAUUUCAGCUGUGCAGUCUACGCACAGUCAUUCUAACAUAAUACUUUGUUCAUUCCAUGUCUUGAGAGCGUUUUUCAGAAAUUCCGAAAUCCUGAUGUGCGCAAACGCUUGGAACACCUUGUGAUGACUAGACGGUCUGAUAUGAAGUACGAACAUCUAAGGACGCAUUUCACACGCGCGUAUGAUUACAUAAAAGAUUACUGGGUUGCCCGGAAGUCAAUGUGGGAUCGCUGUUACCGGCGACAUGUAUUAAGCCUGGGCAACCACACAAACAACCGUGUCGAAAGUGCUCAUAAACACCUAAAAGAAUGUCUCAGAAGAGGUGAUUCCCUGCUAUUGACUUUCUGGAAAAUCUGGAGUAAAACAGACAUCGACCUACGUUUGCGUCUAUAUGACGCUGUAAGGGAUCUUCAACGUUUCCCGAUUCUUCAGGUUCCAAUGUCAUUUCGAACUCUUCUAAACGAGUUCACAUCUUUUGCAGCUAAAAUUGUAGCUGUAAAUUAUAAACGUGUUCGGACAAUGAGACACGAAUGUAUAGAAGGAGAAUACAUCCGGUGCUACGACAAGGGUAUGAUGUAUGUUGUUGUUACUUCACGUGCACGAUGUGCUUGUGAGCGUCUCAAUGACUACAUGCUGCAAUGUGGUCACAUUUUGUAUGCACAUUCUAAAGAUCUGAUUCGUGGAGACUUAUUUCGACAUAGCAACCGGUGGACAAGAAAAUACAUAAUGGACCUGGUUCUUCGUGCACUGGACAACAUCUCAGUCUCUACAGGGAGUGAUGAUCUGCUAGAGAAGUACACUAGCAACUACCACUCAAUCCAUGCUCUUAGUGAACCUUUGGCAAGUAAACUCAUCCGUUCAUGCCUCGAAGCAUCGGAAGACAUAUGCGCACAAGUGAUGAGUUCAGUCGGUGCUAAUGAUGAAGCUACAACGUCAGAAUCAAUUGUUAAUACAGACCAUAGCUAUGCUUCUUGAUAACAAGAAGUUCUAAUAUUGUAGUCUUUUAGUUUUACAUAAAUUCAUUUAUAUGGCCA